AUGGGUCAGGUCCGGCUAGUGAAUGGCUCCAGCUGGUGCUCCGGACGGGUGGAGGUUUGGUACCGCAAUCAGUGGGGAACGGUGUGUGAUGACAGCUGGGACAUCAGAGAUGCCUCUGUGGUGUGUAGGCAGCUCGGCUGCGGAGACGCAGUAUCAGCCCCAGGCAGUGCUUAUUUUGGGAGUGGAUCUGGGACUAUCUGGCUGGACGACGUUAACUGCAAUGGCGAGGAGGAGCUCCUCACUGAGUGUUCGCUGCGGGCUUGGGGAGAGCACAACUGCGGGCACAGCGAGGACGCAGGCGUUGUGUGCUCAGGUUGGCCCAAGGACUGCAGCGAGAUCCCCGCUGGCAGCCCCAGCGGCGUCUACGUCAUCCAGCCCACAGGACUGCACCCCAUCGUGGUGUACUGCGAAAUGAAUGUGACGGACGGGGGCUGGACGGUCAUCCAGAGGAACCAGCAGAGCACGGAGAUCACCUGGGCCGAGUCCUGGAGCACCUACAAGUACGGCUUUGGGAACGUGCACACCGAGUACUGGCUGGGCACGGAGUACAUCCAUCAGAUCUCCAACCAGAAAGUCUACCAGGUCAGGUUUGUCAUCUGGGAUGCUGCGAACAACACCAAGUUUGCAGACUACAACCUCUUCAAUGUGGAAGAUGAGUCCCAGGGCUACCGGCUGAGGCUGGGAACGUACUCAGGGACAGCGGAGGAUGCCAUGGCCUCAAAGAGUCCCAGCACCAUGCACGACAACAUGCAGUUCUCCGCAAAAGAUCUGGAUCAGGACACUUACAGUGGGAACUGUGCCUCCAGCUACGGGGGCGGGUGGUGGUACUCGGGGUGUUAUUCUGUACGGCUGAAUGUCAAGGGGGGCAUAACAUGGGGCAGCCUGUGCAACGGGAACUGCAAAGCUUCUGCCAUCCUCAUCAAACCCAUUACUUACUGCUAG